AUGUUACUCAAGAUAGAUUUUUCCAAUGUCAACAUUCAAGAAUUGAUAACAUCAAAUUUUGACACUGUUGAGAUUGCAUUUAAAAUUGACAGGUUACCAGACGGCUAUUACAAAUCACAUAAUCAAUGUUGCAUGCAAUUAGUGAGUUUACAAAACAGUGCAGUUGCACAAUGUCGAGAUUUAUUGUUCAUUACGAACCUGUCGGAUGGUUGUAUUGAUAUCUUCAAUGUGCAUAACAUGGAAUUGUUGGUGACAGUAUAUCCAGAUUAUUUUGAGGAGAGCGAGGGGAAAUUGUGUUGCUUUAUUCCAAAAUCUACUGUUGCAAGUCCAACUAACCAUCUUGGACAGAAUGAGCGUGGUUACAUGGACAGUCUAUAUGUGUGUGGUUGUGAUUUUAUAGAACAAUUGACUUUUGAUAUUGAAUCGAUGAGCUAUAUUGAUUGUCCUUUUAAUGAUCGUAUAAGAAAUAUCUUGACGAACAAAUUAGGAGCGGCAAUGCCUCGUGUGGUUCAAAAGCAAUCUGAUCUACCAAAUUGUAUCAAAGUAUUGACUGGAAUAACUUGGAGUGACAAGUACGAGCUGCAAUUAGAUUUAUGGCAGAGUGAAGAGAGUGAAAAAUCAUUGACAGCGUGUAUUGAAAACACUACUUCAACUUAUGGACAUGUUUUCUCUAAAUUGGAUCAAGUAAUGAGUUUUACAGACCGACCAAAUCUUGUAAGCGAAUGGAAAGUUAUUGAAGAAAGAGAGAACGAUUAUGAGGAUACGUUAUUGUAUGAGUGGUGUAGGGAAUUUGAGGACGAAAACCCAGUUUUUAUUUGUGUAGAACCAAAGUUUUAUGUUGCUGUGAAACUCCAGAAGUUCGAGAAUAUGAGCAAAGCAGUGGAGGUUGUGAAGGAGAUUUUCCUCUUUAUAUUUGCACUGUCAACAAUCCAGAAUUUAUUUUCAGCAUGUCCUUUCUCCAGUUUCUUGAAAGACUCUCUGUUGCUUGCACAGUUUCUAACAAGCCAGAAUAUGGAGCAUCUACUCUAUUUGGAAAAUUUACGAUCAAUUUUAAUAUAUUAUGGAAAUUUAUUGAAAAUUGGCUCAUGUGUUGAUUCCAAGACUCGAGAACUCAAUUCGCAAAUUCUAUCUGAUUGUUAUACGAAAUUAUGUAAGGGCGAACGACCUUCCAAUCCAUUCUUCCAGAAGAACUUAUUGCCAUCGACUAUCUUGCCAUUAAUCCAGAAGUUUACGCUUGAAACUUCGAACAAUAUUUCUAAAAAAGAGAAAUCUCUCCUUUUAGGAAUGAGUGGAAAAUUUCAAUUCAAGCCGAUCUCUACUGGUCAGGCCACGUUUAUCAGCAGGUCUGAACCAAAAGAAACAAUGAAGGUUGUUAUCGAAAUUGAUGGUGUCCAAUAUGACAAGAGAGAUUUAUUGGUCAUGUAUUAUUAUUCGUGCAGAAAUGCUGAACCUAAGGGUAUUUUAUUGACCGAAGGACAAUAUUUUUCGUAUGACAGACACUCAUUGUACAGGCCAUAUUCAAGUGGAUUUUAA